AUGUCUUCAUCUUCCGCGGAUGGUAAUGGCAAUGGUGGUGCAAGAAGAGGCGGUGAUUCCGAAGGACCUUCUUUGACUCGUAGACGUACCAAUAACGAAAUCUGGCCAGGGCCUUUUCUUGAAGACCUUGUCCUCCAGGUCGCCAUUGAUGCUUCUCGUUCUCUUGGCCGCCUAGCCGCAGCUGCUGCACUUGCCAAUGUGUUUCAAGUUUGUUCGACGUGGGAAGCUGUUUCUCAAUUUUAUCCACUCUGGUACCGUCUCACAAGCAUCAUACGGGGACGUACUCGCCGCAUGCACGCCACGUGGCGAGAUGAAUACAUAUAUCGUCAUCGGACCUACGCAGGCGUCCCUGGCCGUGCUUUCCACAUUUGGGAUGGUAACACUGAAGAGCUAGUCUACCUGAACGCAUCAUUGACUGACCCAGAAGCCGUGAUGGGGUGGCACACGUUGACUGAGUUCACUGAAACCAUAGGCCGAGUGAGGAUGACAAGUCAGGAAUCGGCUGUGGCAUGUACGGAUUCGAGUUACAUGAUUCUGGACUUGAUAAACCAUAGUUCACAUUACGACCAGCAGCAUAGAAGAGGACUUAGAGUGACUUGCUUCGACACCAACAACGGGGCGUUUAUCACGGUUGACAACCGUGGGCGGGCUAUCGUCCGCCGCGCUGGUACGUUAGAGGAGGUGUGUAGAUUCCACACACGGCAUAGUAACGCCAUUGGUUGCGUGAACUUAGGGUACGCGCUAAUGUGCGGCGCGGGAGUGGUAAGGACGUGGGAGAUAGAGCAGGGGCAAUACUUGUAUAGUUUGAAUGAGAACAUAGGGGCUAUAAACGCGAUGGUGGCGGAUGAUAGGCACGUAGCAGCUGGGGACAUCACCAUACACCUAUGGGAUUUUGGUGCAUAG